AUGCUACGUGUGCUUGUUGCUUUGACUGUUCUGCCAAUUGCUUUCUCUCAAAUCGCCGCCGUUUAUUCAAAUGCUUCUCGAUCUUCCGAGUGCUCGAAUUGGUCAUCUUGGGGACCAUGUGUUUGGCCGGAUAAAGAGUCCCCAGUUCCCUAUAUUCAACAAUUAACCCCUGUCUGCCAGCAACAUUGGUUCUACACUUUCAUCAAACGCUAUGAAACAGCGUUGAACAACUUCUACAACUAUAUGACAUUCGUGAUGCGUAAAUUCGAGCCAUGUGGGAUGUGCAUUUACAAGCAGAGUUGCGGCUUUGGUGGCGAGAAAAAGUGCAAUGUGAGCCCGUUCACGGUUCGCGGUGGCAGACCGGUGGUGCCAUUUUAUGUGGCGGAGAGGCUCUGCUCGGUGAGGGAUCUCAAUGGGAAAGGGCAACUGCAAGCAUGUGAAGUCGAUUAUGAUAUGCUUAAGGAAAAUGGUGACGAUGAGUGCACUCUUUGGCCAUCACCGCGCGUCGAUCUCUCAUCGAUCGAGCCGGUCUUCCGUGAGCACAUUCAAACCCUCAAAUGGUACUCGUGUCUACCGCAAAUCAAAAAAUAUCGAAGUAAAUCCGGUAAGACUCGAAAGGAGAAAGUGUGUCGUUGCUGUUGCUUUCCAUUCAGACCAAAUCCAGUCACUUUCGAAUGUGAACACCAGUCUGAUCUUCCUAUGGCUCCCGGACAAGAACUAUUGGGCGAAAAUCUCCAAUAUGCUCGCGGACCAAAAACUAAAUCAAAGAAAAGUCGAAGACGGAGCCGUAAACAUCGUCAACAC